GAGCAGUUACCUAUCUAUUUCGUCGUACAACUACAGGCGUGUUGAGCGGUUUUUGCGGAGGCCGUCUUCGUUGUCCAUAUCCAUCUGUGUCCAUAUGAGUGUGUGUGUGUGUGUAUGUGCACAAUCAAUAAACUAUAAUACAAUUAUUUACAUGCAUGUUUAAUAAUAGUACAAGUAACGAAAUUCUCGUGUUUGUCUAUUCACGAGAUGAUAGUUAAAAUUUUCAACCGUUCAUGACUCACCUCCCUUGCAUCUGCAUACACACACACACACUAAUAAUUUCGUUGUCAAUUUUCUUUGUAUUUUAUUUUUGUAAAAAUAUUUAUCUUUCUAUGUCAUGAAUCUAAUUGAUUGAUUUCAUUAAUUUAACUUUGUUAAUUCUGUGAUAAUUGUAAAUUCUGUCAUCGUUUUUCUACCUCAAUUUCAAUCGGGAAAAAUGUCUUUGGUUCUUUGCUGAAGUCUCAAACUAGGUGCCUCGAUACAUAUAUAUUUAUUAAAAAUGGAUGAUAUAUCAAAUACACAUUAUUUCACUGGAUCAGCUAGAGAUAAAUGUAAUUAUUUCAACAGAACAAGAAAUAGACUUCUUAUUACAGCCUAUGAAGGAAUACCUGAGAACUUGUUACUCAAUGCACUUGGAUGUAUUUUGUUAGUAUUAUUUUUUGCAUUUAUGAGGAAAAGAGCUUGGGAUUAUGGAAGAUUAGCACUAGUUAACAAAGACUAUGAAAAAUGGUCACGUAUAUUUUAUGGUACAACUGAUGAAGGUUCAGAAAAUACUGUAGAGGAUGGUGCUUCAACUACAAAUUUAGAUAAUUCUAUGCCUGUUGAUAGAGGCAUGUUUUCUUGGUUCUUGACAAUUAUUCAUCUUAGAGAUGAAAAAAUUUUACGAAAAUGUGGAUAUGAUGCUGUACAAUACUUAUCAUUUCAACGACACAUAAUGGCACUUAUGGCAAUUAUUACAGCUGUGUCUUUAGGUAUUGUAUUACCAAUAAAUUUUGCUGGAGAUCUAGAAGGCGAUGAAAGAUCUUUUGGGCACACCACUGUUAGCAAUCUUGAUCCUCAGUCGCCUUGGCUAUGGGUUCACGUGACGAUUGCUAUGUUAUAUUUUCCAUUAACUAUUUGUAUUAUGAGAAGAUUUUCUGUUAAUUUGAAGUUGGAAGAAAAUGGUGAGCAAUGGUCUCGUACUCUCAUGAUCACAAACAUACCCAGACGGAAUUCUGAUAUAAAUGACUUAGAUAGACAUUUUCGUGAAGCAUACCCUGAAUGUGAAGUUGAAAAUAUUCAACUAGCAUAUGAUGUAAAUAAGGCAAAUGAAUUAGAAAGAGAUAGAGUUGCAGCUUUUCAAGCCAAACAAUAUUGUGAAAACCAUUUAAAAACUACUGGUGAACGUUUGACAGUUCAACCUCAUGUUUGUGGCUAUAUUUUUAUAUGUUGUGGACUUUGUGAUUCUCAUAAUAUAGAAGCAAUAGAUUACUAUUCUAUCAAAGAAGCUCGAUUAAAAGCAGAAUUGGAAACAGAAAAAGAAUCUGCAUUAAAAAGACCUCUAGGUAUAGCUUUUAUUACACUAACUACUAUCCAUGCUGCUAGAUUGAUUUAUCAAGAUCAUGUGUAUAAAUUAUCAAAAUGUGGUCGUCAUAAUCCUCCUACUAGUACAGUAGCUGGCCUACUUCAACCUUAUCGAUGGAGGGUAACUUUUGCUCCACCACCUGAUGAUAUAUUUUGGGAAAACUUAACUGAACCAUCUCACAAUCGUUACUGUAAAAUUGUAUUGACUAACACAUUCUUGUUAAUUGUUUUAUUUUUUCUGACUACACCUGUAAUUGUUUUAAAUGUAAUGGAUACAUUAAAACUUAGAGAAUUUGAAAAAGCUAGUCCAAUUUUAUCUGAGUUUAUGCCAACACUAUUAUUAUGGACUGCUGCUGCUCUUUUACCUGUUUUAGUUGUGCGGUCUGAUCAGUGGCUUAGUCAUUGGACAAGGUCAAAACGAAAUCAUUCAAUCAUGCGCAAAACUUUUGUUUUUCUCCUUUUUAUGGGUUUAAUUUUACCAUCUUUAGGACUAACUAGUGCUCAAGCAUUUUUAGAAUUUGCAUUUCAAGCAGGAACAGAAAAAUACCGAUGGCAAUGUGUAUUUUUACCCGAUAAAGGAGCAUUUUUUGUAAAUUAUGUUGUUACUUCUGCUUUAAUUGGAACAAGUUUAGAACUGAUCAGAUUUCCUGAGUUAUUUAUGUAUGCUCUUCGUCUAUCUCUCUCAAGGUCUAAAGCAGAAUCAGCUAGUGCUAGAAGACUAAUUCUUUGGGAAUUUCCUUUUGGUGUUCAAUAUGCUUGGAUGUUAUUAAUAUUUUCAAUUGUUACAGUUUAUAGUCUUUCAUGUCCACUUAUUACACCUUUUGGUCUAUUGUAUAUGUUAACUAAACAUUUUGUUGAUCGUUAUAAUAUUUACUUUGCUUAUGGAAAGUCAAAAAUUAGCAAACGUAUUCAUAGUACUGCUAUUAACUGUGUUAUGGUGUCUAUAGUACUUUUACAAGUUAGUUUUACAUCGUUGUCAAUGUUACGCCAUGGACUUCAAGAUAUAACAUUAUUUGCCCUGGUUGGUCUUAUUAUUACACUGGGAUUUACUCUAACUCAAUGUUUCUUCCGCCAAUGCUCGGCUUGGAGUCCUAUACUUUAUCAAGUGAGAAAUCCAAGGAAUGUCCAGCCUAGUCCAGGUAGGCGUAACCAUAAUUUACAUACAACUGAUUAUAUUCCUGAAGUACUACAACAGCCUCUACCACUCACAUCAAUUAACUCUUUUCUGUCGCUAACUCCAAAUGGUUCUGGUACCACGUUGGAUAAUUUGGAAAUUGAGAUAAAAAAUAAUGGACAUAAUCAAAGAUUAUCCAAUGGUCAAUCCCAAACUCAGGUGAUAAUUGAAUCUCAAAAUUGCUGUGAUCAACUUUACCAGAACUAUGACUAUAGUCAAACAGUUCCUGUAUAAAUAAUUAGGUCUUCAAUAAGUAUCUUAUAUGUGAUUCACAGCUCAGAUUUUUUAGCAUUAUCUAUUUACAUUCAUAAUUUAUAGUCAGUGUGUUUGUAUAGUCAUAUUGUUGUACAUAUUUUAUGUUAUGACAUUUCCUAUAGAUUAAGGUUUUCCUUAUGAUGAUGAAUUAAUUUCAUCAUAUUAAAUUUCAUCGUAGUUUUUGUUUAAAAUUUUUUAUUUGGUCAAUAACGUAUGUCUUGUAUUUACUUUCUGCCUGUUUUAAAAGAAAGAUAAUGAUUCAAAAUUUUUUUCAGUCUAUUAAUUAUUCUUAAAUUUGGAUGAUGGUGGUUUAAGUAGAUAAUAUUAAUAAAAAUAUCGAAUCUUGUUAUGAUAAAAAUGUUAUGUUAAAAUAUUAUUGAUUGUAAACUAUUAAAAAUUAUUUGCUUUCAUAAAUAAUGAUUUAUGAAUAUUAGAUGAUGAUUGCAAAUUUAAAAUUUUUGUUUUUUUUCUAAUAUUAAUUUAAAAUUUAUUUAUAAAUGAAAUACUUCUAUGUAGACAAUUUUAUUUCUUUAUUAUUUUUGGAUGUGAAACAAAGAAACCAAAGUACAA